UGCCCCCGCGGGGGCGGGGCCUCAAGCAAGUUACUAAUUCAUUCCCCACUUCCGCUCAAGUUCAGAAGCAGCCUGCUAGGCACUGGAGCCAAAAUGAAGACCCCAGCCCCUGUCCGUGCCCGUGGCAUCGGGCUGGUCCUGCUCUCACUUCUUCUUGUCCUCCAGACUGCCACUGCCCAGAAGAAUGACAUCGACAUCUACAGCCUCACCGUGGACUCCAAGGUCUCCUCCCGAUUUGCCCACACGGUCGUCACCAGCCGGGUGGUCAACAGGGCCAGCACUGCGCAGGAGGCCAUCUUCCAGAUGGAGCUGCCCAAGAAAGCUUUCAUCACCAACUUCUCCAUGAUCAUCGAUGGUGUGACCUACCCAGGGAACAUCAAGGAGAAGAAGGCAGCCCAGGAGCAGUACAGUGCGGCCGUGGCAAGGGGAGAGAGUGCUGGCCUAGUCAAGGCCACCGGGAGAAAGACAGAGCAGUUCCAGGUGUCCGUCAGUGUAGCUCCCUCUGCCAAGGUCACCUUUGAGCUGGUAUAUGAGGAGCUGCUUAUGCGGCAUCUGGGAGCGUAUGAGCUGCUGCUGAAAGUCCGGCCACAGCAGCUGGUCAAGCACCUGCAGAUGGACAUUCACAUCUUCGAGCCUCAGGGCAUCAGCUUCUUGGAGACUGAAAGCUCCUUCUUGACCAAUGAACUGGAGAACGCCCUCAUCACCUCACAGAAUAAGACCAAGGCUCACAUUCAAUUCAAGCCAACACUGUCCCAGCAGCAAAAAUCUCCUGAGGAGCAGGAGACUGUCCUGGACGGCAACUUCAUCGUCCGCUAUGAUGUGGACCGGACCCUCUCCGGGGGCUCCAUUCAGAUCGAGAAUGGCUAUUUUGUGCACUACUUUGCCCCUGAGGGUCUGCCCACCAUACCCAAGAAUGUGAUCUUUGUCAUCGACAGGAGUGGCUCCAUGAGUGGCAGGAAAAUCCAGCAGACCCGGGAAGCCCUAAUCAAGAUCCUGGGCGACCUCAAUGCCAACGACCAGUUCAACCUCGUUGAUUUCAGCGGGGAGGCCACCCAGUGGAAGCCCUUGCUGGUGCCAGCCUCAGCAGAGAAUGUGAACAAGGCCAAAGGCUAUGCUGCUGAAAUCCAGGCCCGGGGAGGGACCAACAUCAACAGUGCGAUGCUGAUGGCCGUGAAGCUGCUGGAAACUGCCAACCGACAGGAGCUGCUGCCAGCCAAGAGUGUCUCCAUCAUCAUCUUGCUCACCGAUGGCGACCCCACCGUGGGGGAGACCAACCCUGUGAAGAUCCAAAAGAAUGUGCAGGAAGCUAUAAGUGGCCGGUACAGCCUCUUCUGCCUGGGUUUCGGCUUUGACGUCAGCUACCCCUUCCUGGAGAAGCUGGCACUGAGCAAUGGCGGCCUGGCUCGGCGCAUUUAUGAGGACUCAGACUCCACCCUGCAGCUCCAGGACUUCUACCAGGAGGUGGCCAACCCCCUGCUGACUGGGGUGACCUUUGAAUACCCGGACAAUGCUGUGGAGGAGGUCACUCAGAACAACUUCCGACUGCUCUUCAAGGGCAGUGAGAUGGUGGUGGCUGGGAAGCUCCAGAAACAGAACUCCGAUGUGCUCUCAGCCAAAGUCAAUGGGCAGCUGCACUUGCAGAAUAUCACCUUCCAAAUGGAGUCCAGCAAGGCAGAGCAGGAGGAGGUGUUCCAGAGCCCCAAGUACAUCUUCCACGGCUUCAUGGAGAGACUCUGGGCGUACCUGACCAUCCAGCAACUCCUGGAGCAGAUAGUUUCUGCAUCAGAUACUGAGAAGCCAGCACUUGAGGCCCAAGCUCUGAACUUGUCGCUCAAGUACAGUUUUGUCACUCCCCUCACAUCUAUGGUGGUCACCAAACCUGAAGACCAAGAACAGUCUCAUGUUGUGGAGAAGCCUGUGGAAACUGAACAAAACCACGGGAGUAGUUUCCCAGGUCAUACUCUCUUCAGAUACCCCAUGCUCUCUUCAGCCACCACAAACAGAAUGUCCAGAGUACAAGCAUAUGACCACGUAAGAUCAGGACUCCCUGGCCCUCCUGCUGCUCCUGCUCCUCCCCACUUCUCUCCCUUCCGCAAGAACUGGAUGCCAAGGCUAACAACAGAGAUGUUAGCACCCGCUGCUCCUAUUGAAGUGUUCCAUGACAUGGUUUUAUUAGACAAAGAAGUAACAGUGACAAUCCCACCCCCAGACCUCAUCCAGGCUCCUCCCGUCAUCCUGCCUGGGCAGAGCAAGGACCAGCUCUGUGUGGAUAUCAAGCAUGCUCAGGGACCAAUGAACCUGCUCUCGGACCCUGACCAAGGGGUUGAGGUGACUGGUGACUAUGACACACAGAAGGCCCAGUUUUCAUGGAUAGAGGUGAACUUCAAGAACCUUCAGCUGCAGGUCCGAGCAUCCCCCGAGCAUGUGGUGGUGACUCGGAACCGAAGAAGCUCUGCAUACAAGUGGAAGGAAACGCUGUACUCUGUGACGCCCGGCCUGAAGAUGACCAUGGACAAGGCAGGGCUCCUGCUGCUCAGCAACCCAGACAAAGUGUCCAUCGGCCUGCUGUAUUGGGACGGCCCUGGAAAGGGCCUCCGGCUCCUCCUUCGGGACACUGAUCGCUUCUCCAGCCACGUUGGAGGGAGCCUUGGCCAGUUUUACCAGAACGUGCUGUGGGGGCCCCCAGCAGCAGAUGACAACAGCAAGCGAACACUGAGCAUUCAGGGUCAUGACCGCACUGCCACCAGAAAACCCAAGCUGGAUUACCAAGAGGGGCUGCCGGGCACAGAGAUUUCCUGCUGGACUGUGGAGCUAUAGUUCUGAUGGGAGGUUAUGCCCACUAGCUGUGUUACCCACCUGUGCACAGAAGGCUGCAACCUUGUGGCCCCAAGGCCGCCUGUGAGGCCUAGACAGUGAUGGGGAGAGGAUUUCCACUCAUUACAAAUAAAAAAAGGUGAUGUGAG